UUUGAUUUAGAUGCAGCAAUAAGUGGUAAAAGCCCUGUACUCCAGUUGCUUGUUUUCUUCCUACCGUAUUGAAUAUUUCUAGCAAACCACCAACUCUUGCCCCUGACUUGCACUUUAACCUUUUACAACCUUCACAGCCAUACUACUUUUAUCCACGGGAAAGAUACUUCUCCCAACAUUCUCAGUGAUUCCAUCACCUUUAAGGGUUAACCUUUAGUAUGUUAUAGAACGACCUAUUAACUUUCAACUUUUUUUUUUUUUUAUUCGUAGUCUUCUGGUUCUUCCUCUUUUCAGAUGGUGGGUCACUGACCCCUACAGGCAAAAAGCCAUUGCUCCGAGGAGACGAUAUUCCGAUUUCCUUUCUAUUAUUCGGGCGCUAGGGUUGCCACCUUUUCUGGACAAAAAUCCCGGCCUUCCUGUCAGUGGCGUAACUAGAUGUUGCUGGGCCCCACAGCAAAUUAAUUGUAGGGCCCCCAACAUAUCCAGUGUUUGUCCUGUUUUAACAAUAUAUGUUGAAAUUGCUCAUCAAUGAGAGCCUCAUGGGGCCCCCUGUACCUCCUGGGCCCCCCUGCAACUGCAGGGUCUGCUUCCUCUGUAGUUACGCCCCUGCUUCCUGUAUAUAUUUAGCUUUUUUCCCCCCAUUGGGAUGAACCAUCAUUGGCAGCUAUAGGCCCUCUCCUAUUCAAAGAUCUCAUUCCUACCACUGCCUGGAUAGCAGAAAAUAAAAUGGACCCUGGCAACCAGAUAGCUGUAAAAAUGCCAAACUGUAGAGAUGCUGAAGCUACUCAAUAUAAGGAAGAGCAAUUGCAAGUUACCUCAGAAUAGAAAUGCCUGCGUCAUACCAGAAGUGGUUUGUACAGGGAGCUACCCCUUUAAGAAGAGGCUCAAAGUCCACAUUCCCCAAGCCCUGAGAAGUAUGGCGAAUUGCAGCAUUUUCUACAGACACAGUGCGCAUAACUGUUGCUCGCACUCCCUACACAGCCAGCUCGACACAUAUCUGGGCCACCAGAACAGGAAUGGGAGGAAAUGUAACUAACGAGCUGAAUGUAAAGAGUGACAGGGCGGCAGCUUCUGACAGAAGGACCAGAACCGCCCAUUAUUCAGCCCGCUAGAGGGAAACUGGUUUAGCAAAAGCCUUUUAUGCUUUUGGCGCCCCCUCCCUUGGAGGUGUGGCCUCCCGUCGCCCACUGUCCGGUACAAUGGCGCGCAACAUGCCAGCGCCUCUCGCUUAGUAAUAUAACCAGGAUCCCUUGCACGCUGCGGUUACGCGCAGCGCGAACGCCGCAAACUCUGCGCGCUCCCGCCCACAAGGCAUCUCUGCAGAAUAGGCGCCAACUAGAAAAACCGGUACCCGAUUGAUACCCAGUAGAUGCCAUCUCUAGAGAGUACAGAAUGCUGAAUAUCUAAUCAAUAGAGCGGCCAAAACAGCCUAAAAAUGCCAGGAGAGAUCACUUAUGGUCGUAAAAAACCAGUGCCUGCCUGCCCUAACCCCCUUUUCCUGAAGUGGUUGACGGAGUGGAGGGACAGCGCAGCCGAAAAAGGGCUGAAGACUCAAUUUGUUUACCAGAAGGCAAUCAGCUCUAUAAAGAAGUACCCACUUCCCCUACACAGUGGAAAAGAGGCCAAAAUUCUUCAAAACUUUGGUGAUAGCAUCUGUAAGAUGUUAGAUGACAGACUUGAAAAACAUUAUGCAGAGUGUGGUUCCGAUGCACCUAUUCACACUCUUCCUAGUUCCAGUUCAACACACAGUAAAGCUCAAAGGCAACCGAAAAACCCAUCACCGUUAACUAUUCCACAUGAACUGCAACCUCCUGAGCAAGAAAGCCAAGAUCCAUCUCCUUCUAAAAAGAAGAAAACAGGAGGCAAAAAACAGCGUGAAUAUGUUCCCCAGAGACGGUCAGGGGGCUAUGCUGUUUUGCUGACCCUCUACAGAGAAACUAAGAGUCCAAGUUCCCGAGGUUAUAUGACCAAGGCAGAACUACAGAAGGAAGCUCAGGCGUUAUGUGACAAAUCUUUUACCUUGACAGAUCCUAACAGUAAAUACACAGCAUGGUCUUCUGUCAGCACAUUAAUUCAGAAGGAAUUGGUCAUCAAAACCCACAGCCCUGCAAGGUACUCACUAACAGAAAAAGGGCUUGAAUUGGCGCAGAAGCUGGAAGAGGCAGAAGAUCAAGCUAGGGCAAAAGGAUUUCCCAAGCAAGUACAGACUUCAUCACAUGAAGAAGAAGAGCAAGAGGAGACGGAUAGUGAAACCAAUCCAUGUAUACAUGUUGAGCCAGUUCAGUGUCCUCCAGGUCAGCAGCUUAAUGUGGCUUAUUCAUAUAAUGUUAAGAAUACCUCUUCUGUCCCCCCAUCGGUUCAGUACAACCACGUGCCUGAUUUUACUCUGCGCCCUGGAGAUUUCAACAUUCUUCUUUGUGUGGACUUCAUCGAAACCACAGGUGGUGCUGCUCACAAGAAGCAGGAUCUAGUUUCAGAACUUAAAAGGAAUGGAGUGAAUUUUGAUGUGCGCAAAUUGCACAUUGGGGAUUUUCUGUGGGUUGCACAGGAAAAAGUCCAACCUGUGCCUGGCCAACUACGGAUCCCUCAGGCUCGGGAACUGGUAUUAGAUUAUGUGGUGGAACGAAAGAGAAUGGAUGAUUUGUGUGGAAGUAUUAUAGACGGCCGCUUCCGGGAGCAAAAGUUCCGCUUAAAAAGGUGUGGGUUACGCCACCCAAUAUACCUGGUGGAGGACCACGGGUCAGCGCAGCAUCUGAGUAUUCCUGAAACAACGUUACAGCAAGCGAUAGUAAAUACACAGGUGGUUGAUGGAUUUUUUAUCAAGCGCACCAAGGAUGUACGUGAAUCUGCUGCCUACCUGACGAUAAUGACUCGAUAUCUUCAAGGCAUCUACUCAAGAAAGACCCUUCUUAGUUGUACCAAGGAAGAAGAGUGGAAAUGUGACCGAGCACUCUGCCCAAAUACCGACAGCUGCAUUCUUAUGGAGUUCAAAGAUUUUAAUGAGAGUGCCAUGAAAAACAAGGCUCAAACAGUAAAAGAAGUUUUUGCACGGCAGUUGAUGCAAAUAAGUGGGGUGAGUGGCGAGAAGGCGGCAGCUAUCCUGGAGAAGUACAGUACCCCAGCCAGCCUCAUGUCGGCCUAUGAGAGUUGUUCCUCUACUGAAGAAAAGGAGAAACUGCUUUCCAGUGUGAAAUGUGGGAAAUUGCAGAGGAACCUUGGCCCGGUAUUAAGCAAGACUAUAUCCCAGCUGUACUGCACCAAAGAACCUUUAUCAUGAUAUCGACAUUUUCGAAUCAUCCGGUAAUUCAGGAAUGAAAAAUACGAAUUAAGUCAUAUUGAUCUUUUCUCUUUCCUUCAUUAUCCACUGAAAUCAUUGAAAGACAGUGAAAGCUGUGAACAGCUUAUAGGUGCCAGGCAGUUUUGUAUUGGGUGUGCAUCAUUCAUAUUUUGUAUCAAAUUUCAAUAAAUAUUUUUGCAGAUAA